CUUGUAAACAAGAAAGAACAGUGAAUCGAAGUGGAAAGGGACGAACUUUGUUGUCGAAAGGGUUACAGAACAUGAGACAAAAAAUCUGGAACAAGCGAAACCUGCAGGAAGGUCCGUGUACGAUGGAGAUUUGUUCUAAGAAUCUGAAGAUUUGAGAAACCUCCUCCUAAUCCAGUUUACCCAAUCCCCUCAAUUUCUCCGAACCCUUUAAAAAUUCCAUCUUCCCCUUCCCACUCUGCUUCGCUUUCUCGGGAGAAAAGUAGAAAAAAGAUCUCUCCUUUGCCUGUUUAUUCAUGGAAUUUCCUCACUUUUUCGUUGAAUAGAUAAAACCCAUGUCGCUCGUCUAGGGUUUAAGCGUCAAUUGUGUGCUGCUUCCGCCACCGGCCAUGGCUGCUAACCUUGUUUCGUCCUCGCUUUCUUCUGUCAUUACCUACUUCAACUCACCUUCUCGACGAGGGAAUUCCUUUCUGCAGUUCCCUUUAUCAAGGCAGCCAACUGAUGUUCACCGUUACCGAUAUCUGCACCGUGAAAAUGAUAAAGUUAAAUUUCUACACAUGCCCCUUGGAGACCAGAAAUCAAGGGAAGAGUUUCGAAAGGCACCAUUUUUGCCUCGUGCUACUUCAGAAGAACAGUUUCAACACAUUGAACAUACACUCGUUGAUAAAGAGACAGUAAGUCAUCAAAUUGAUUCAGAAGCUCAAGAUGGUACUUCAUCGUCUGUCCAUUUCAAGCGGUAUAAUGGAAAACCUGGUUUCGUUUCAUUUUACAACCCUCUGUCCAAAGCAGAGGAUGUUGUUGUGGCUUCUGAAGUGCAAAGCAAACGUGGACGCGUGCUUUGGUUCAUUGGACCUGCUGUCUUGGUCGCCUCUUUUAUUUUUCCUCCAAUUUAUUUACGAAGAAUAAUCUCAGCCGUGUUUGAAGACUCGUUGCUGACAGAUUUCCUAAUAUUGUUCUUCACCGAGGCUCUUUUCUACUGUGGAGUGGCUGCUUUUCUUCUGAUGAUCGAUUGUUUGAGAAGGUCACCCAGGAAAAAUUCUGAUGCGAAUGAUUACCGAACUGGGCCUUCUCAAUUAGGGCAAAGGAUUUCGUCUGUUGCUACAUUAGUGCUUAGUCUUGUGAUUUCAAUGGUGACAAUGGGCUUUGUCUGGCCAUGGACUGGUCCUGCAGCAUCAGCUACUCUUGCUCCUUACCUCGUUGGUAUUGUUGUUCAAUUUGCAUUUGAACAGCUUGCUAGGUAUCGGAAUUCACCAUCGUGGCCUGCCAUUCCCAUCAUCUUUCAGGUAUACAGACUGCAUCAGCUGAACAGGGCGGCACAGCUGGUGACAGCAUUGUCGUUCACGGUGAAAGGAGCGGAGGCAACAGCACACAAUCUGGCGAUAAAGAAGUCGUUGGGUACCCUUUUGAAUGUGCUGCAGGUUCUUGGGGUCAUAUGCAUUUGGUCUAUAUCAAGCUUCCUCGUAUGGUUUCCCCCCUCCACAAACCAACCCGAAUCUUGAUGAGACCAUUCCUUGUUUCUCUCUGUCUUUAGCAUAAAAACAUCUACUUGAUUUCCUAUGGUUCAACUGCUCCAUUCUGGUCUCUGGUUUUCGGGGUAAAGUCCGGACCUUGUUAUCACUUGGAUUCGAAUGCAAAAAAGGGUUUAUUUUUUUUUUGGCCGGUAGGAAUCUAGACAGUAUCUGUUUCCUUGUAGGAGUUACUUUUGUUUAUCUGUUUCUUGUACUUCUUGUCCUCGUUCUAACAGCUGUUUGACCAAGUUUUUCCAGUGUUGGAACUAAACUUCCAAGAGUUUUGGUAAAAAAAUCAAAAAAAAAAUUUGGGUUAAAACUCCCAUAUA